CCGAGCGGCGGCGGCGGCGGCGGGAGCUUCGGCCAGGAUCGCUCCCUGAGGAAGAGCUGAGCAGGCAGCAGGCGCCCCAGGAGCCACCCAUUCCAAGCAGCUGACUGGCCCCAGCCCCUCCUUCCGCCCACACCAUGCAGCCCCAAUCUGUUCUGCACAGUGGCUACUUCCACCCGCUGCUUCGGAGCUGGCAAUCAGCCGCUGCCACCCUCAGUGCCUCCAACCUCAUCUACCCCAUCUUCGUCACGGAUGUUCCCGAGGACAUCCAGCCCAUCGACAGCCUCCCAGGAGUGGCCAGGUAUGGUGUGAACCGGCUGGAGGAGAUGCUGAGGCCCCUGGUGGAGGAAGGCCUGCGCAGCAUCCUGAUCUUCGGUGUCCCCAGCAGAGUGCCCAAGGAUGAGCGGGGCUCUGGCGCUGACUCCGAGGACUCCCCGGCCGUUGAGGCUGUUCGCUUGGUGAGGAAGACCUUCCCCAGCCUGCUGGUGGCCUGUGAUGUCUGCCUGUGCCCUUAUACCUCCCAUGGCCACUGUGGGCUCCUCGGCAAAAACGGAGCGUUCCAGGCAGAAGAGAGCCGCCAACGGCUAGCGGAGGUGGCCCUGGCCUAUGCCAAAGCUGGGUGUCAGGUGGUAGCCCCAUCAGACAUGAUGGAUGGACGCGUGGAAGCCAUCAAAGAAGCCCUCUUGGCAAAUGGAUUUGGCAACAGGGUGUCCGUGAUGAGCUACAGUGCCAAGUUCGCUUCCUGUUUCUAUGGACCUUUCCGGGACGCGGCUCAGUCAAGCCCAGCUUUUGGAGAUCGCCGCUGCUACCAGCUGCCGCCCGGAGCACGAGGCCUGGCCCUGCGAGCCGUGGACAGGGAUGUACGGGAAGGUGCCGAUAUGCUCAUGGUGAAGCCAGGCAUGCCCUACCUGGACGUUGUGCGGGAGGUGAAGGCCAAGCAUCCUGACCUUCCGCUGGCUGUGUACCACGUCUCUGGAGAGUUCGCCAUGCUGUGGCACGGAGCCCAGGCUGGGGCAUUUGACCUCAAGGCUGCUGUCCUGGAAGCCAUGACCGCCUUCCGCAGGGCAGGGGCCGACAUCAUCAUCACCUACUACACGCCCCAGCUGUUGCACUGGCUAAAAGAGGUGUGAUGGAGAAACUGUGCAAGACCUAAGAACUGGAAUUUAAGACAGUUCCCUGGAGCCUUGGAAAAGUGAAAAACCAAAGUAAAUGCUGCUUCCAGAACUCUA